AGGGAGGGGAUUUUGUUUGGUGGGCUGGAUGGGAGAUGGCGGGAGAUGUGGGCGGUGAGUGUCGAAUGAUGAUAUAUCUGGGAUGGUAGGAAUGGAGUUCGGGACUGCUGCUGCUGAGAGGGAUGAUUGAUGAUUGUUGUGAUGGAGGAAAUGCCGUGUCCAAACGCCAAUCACGUGCCGGCGGCCCCUGAACAAGGAAGCAAGGAUCUCAACCACUCGAUCCUCUCCCUCCCUUUCUUUCCCCAUAGCAACUCCCCUUUCUCCAUCCAUCAUGUCAUGAAAUCGCCCACCACCACCACCACGCCCGCCCGUCUAUCUGCGCACCGCACACGCGGGGCUCCAGCUCUCAGCCGGGAAGUUGACGGGCGAGGGCGGCGGCGGGGCCGGGGGCGCAUACUCGUUCUCUGGGGCGCGGUUGAUGAACAGGUACGGCUCCUUGGCUUUGCCGUUCAGGGUGCGCGAGAGGCAGAGCGUGAGGUCGUGGCCCAGGUCGGGGUUUGUGAGGAGGGGGCUGCGGCGGCGGGGGAUGGGGAUGGCGAGGGGGGUUUGUGCUUGGGAAGGCAUAUUUUUGGCUCUUUCUUUUUGUCUUUCCGACUAGGUAUGGAUGGAUGUCUUUCUCUUCUGGAAGAUGGAAGGCUCGAGAGAUGCGGGGGGAGGAGGGAGCCGUUCUUUGUAUUUCUAUGCGGACGUUGAGAUCCCGGCUUUGUUGCGGCUAUAGGGAGGAUUCGGGUGUGGGCCGAGGGGAUUCUCGGGGAGAGAGAGAUUGGUUUAUGCUUGCUGCCAGGAGAAGAGGAGUCAGCAUGAUGAUAAUCAUAACAAGAACCGUAUUAACAGGAAUGCACGUACCGGUUGACGGGAAACAACGGAGGAUCUCGCUCCGGAAGGGGGUGGGAGGCUUUGCGGGCGAUGAGACGAGACGAGGUGGUUGUCCAGUGCUCUGGUAAGAAGAGAGACAGACAGGGUCCUUGGAUGGAAGAAGACUUCUUUCUUUGAAGGAGAAAACGAAGAAGAAUUUCACAGCAAUGAGAAUGUUGUUGGGAAGGGCCAGGCACUUUAUAUAACUAACACACUUUCUCUCUCGUGCACUCUCUCCGCUCCUU